CCGGACCUAACCGAAUUGGAGACCGGGACCCGCCCGGACUCGAGCAUCACGCGGCCCGGAGCAGCUCCAGCUGAUCGGCCUCCUCUUUGUUGCUGAAAGAGACCGGGAUUGCGUCUGUAACCUUGGCGGGCCGUCUCUGCAGACACACGCAGAAUGGGUUGGAAGGCGGCUGCUAUCGGCAUAGGCCGUGCUGUUGCUGCUGCAGCGCUCGUCCGGACGGCAGCUGCCGCGCAGCCCGGGGCCGCCGAGCCGGUGCCGGCGCCGAUGCGGGAUCUGGUCUGGGGCCGGCUCAACUUCUUGCACACGACCGACACACACGGCUGGCAUGCAGGCCAUCUCCAGGAGCCGCAGUACUCGGCCGACUGGGGCGACUAUGUCUCGUUCGCCCACCACAUGCGCGCGAGGGCCGACGAGCGCGGCGUCGACCUGCUGCUCGUCGACACGGGCGACCGCGUCGAGGGCAACGGCCUGUACGACGCAUCCAACCCCAAGGGUAAAUAUUACUACGACAUUUACAAGGAGCAGCAUGUCGACAUCAUCUGCACCGGCAACCAUGAGCUCUACCAGGCCUCGACCGCUGACGGCGAGCACCUGCGCACGGUGCCCAACUUCAAGCAGAACUACAUCGCCUCUAAUCUCGACUACAUAGAUCCCGUCUCCGGAAAGAGAGUGCCCAUGGCCCAGCGAUAUCGCAAGUUCCAGACCAAGAACCAGAAGCUGGACAUCGUCGCUUUUGGCUUCCUCUUCGAUUUCACCGGCAACGCCAACAACACGGUCGUGCAACCGGUGCACGAGACCGUCCGGGAGCAGUGGUUCCGAGACGCCAUCCGGGAGCAGACGGAUGUCUUCGUGGUGAUCGGGCAUGUCGGCGUGCGGAUGCCCGAGUUCAAGACCAUUUUCAACGCUAUCCGCGAGCAGAAUCCGCUCACGCCGAUCCUGUUCUUCGGCGGCCAUGUCCAUAUCCGCGACGCCACCGCCUAUGACGCGCGAUCGUUUGCGCUCGCCAGCGGACGGUACUUUGAGACCAUCGGCUGGAUGUCUGUCAGCGGCGAGCUGGAGAGGUCUGCGCAGUCCGAGGCCGCUCCCUUGUCUUUCCACCGCAGAUACAUCGACAACAACCUGCUGGGGCUGUACCACCACGCGGGCGGCCUGAACGCCAACACGUUUCCGACCGAACACGGCCGUAACGUCUCGGCCAUGAUCACCCGGGCGCGCCAGGCGCUCGACCUCGACUACGCCUUUGGCUGCGCCCCCAAAACCUAUUGGAUGUCCCGCUCACCUUACCCCGGGGACGAUAGCAUCUACAGCUGGAUCGAGACGGAGGUGCUUCCUGAUAUCGCGGUCAACGCCAGCCGGAAACACGUGCCCCGCCUGGCCAUCGUCAAUACGGGCACGAUCCGGUUCGACAUCUUCAAGGGCCCCUUCACCCGCGACACCACCUACAUCGUGUCGCCCUUCACCAGCAUGCUGGCGUACAUUCCUGACGUCCCUUACGCCGUGGCAAAGCAGGUCAUCAAGCUGCUGAACAACGCUGGCCCGAUCUUCGCGUCGGCCGGCCCGCUUCACAACCGGUUCAUGGCGAUCCCGGAGCAGCUUGCCAUCCACGAGUCCAUCGUCAACGCGGCGCCGCCAGGUUCCACCGGCCAUCAGUGGGAGGGGGAGGCCGCCCAGCAAAGGCCGCUUGCCGACGGCUCCGACGGAAGGACCCGUCUGACCGAGGGAUACACCACCAAGGACGACAUCGGGGACGACGGGGACGAUACCCUGCACGCGCCCGUCAACUUCUACGUCGUGCCGAACUGCAUCCAGGCCGAGGUUGGGUUCCCGCCGGCGGGCGAACCUGAAACGGUCGACCUCGUGUUUCUCGACUUCAUCACGCCGUGGGUGCUGAUCGCCCUGAAGUUCUUUGGUGGGGACUACAGCGAGAAGGACGUGCAGCUCUAUGUUGAGGGGUCGUUUACCGAGCUGAUGGCCGGUUGGAUUGAGAAGAACUGGCCGAAGCAUUGUUAGAAGGUCUUGUGUGCUGACAGGGAGUUUCAUUCUAUGGUUUGACAGCGUUGGCGUUUUGGGUAGGGAACACCUGGGAGAAUGUAAUCACUGGCUGCAUUUGGAUUGUUUGGAGAUAUUGUUGGUCCUAGAGGUAAUAUGUUAGCAUCAUUCUCAUG